AUGUCUGCUCAGGCUUCGACCUCUACUACCUUCGUCAUUCCCUCUGUCUUCACCUGGAGCAGGUCCCAGGAGUGUGACCUCGAGGCACAGACCAUCUCCGGCACGCACGAGCACUUCGAUGUGCGACUUCCCACUCCUCCUGCAGCGCGCCUUCACACGCCUCGUACUCGCCCCUCUGACGUUGAGGAGGGCACCAACGCGAUCGACGACUUCUUUGGCGCGUCGUCGUCGCGCUCGCCCCGCGGCACUCAGGACAGCCGCCACGACGCGGUGUCCUUGCCUGUGCACCACGACUCGGACUCGGACGCGCCGCCGCCGUACUCCUACUCCGCGCAGCCUCCUGCAUACACGCGCUACGCGGAGCACCCUACGCUUGCCAUGUAUCUCUUCAAGUUUGGCUUCCUCUUCCCGCUGUUCUGGAUCGCCGGCGCCCUCAUCCUUGUCUCCCCUCUGCGCGCACCGGAAGACUGGGAGCUCUCCAAGACGGAGGCGGAGCGCCAGGAGCUCAUCGAGAGCAUGCGGGGCACGGAGGUCAAAUGGGCGAAGCGAUGCCUCGUCGCCUUCUCAGUCCUUGCGCUCGUCGUUCUUAUCGUCGUGCUCGCCGCCGUGUUCCUGACGAGGACAUGA